CUGCGGGAGGACAUGACAAAGAAUUUGUUUCGCAUAUUGAAAACUCCAGAGACAGCCAAUUGAAACUCCUCAUAUGUCUUGCACACUCAACAAUCACAACCCUCUGAUUGACUCUCUGGUGAAGGAAAGUUUACAGAUAAAUAAUUGCUUAUUUAGGACAGGACAAAACCUGCAAAUCCUAUGUCAUCAUCCUUCACUGAAUAAAACCAUGGCAAAAACAUUAAGAAACAUGAAGAGAGGCAGAUUGAUAUCACUAUGGAAACAUGAUUUUAUAAAUAACAAAUCAAGAUGUACAGAGCCAUUAGCUUUUCUUCAAGGAAUAAAGAAGGAAUACACUUCCUGUAGGGUAAUGUGCACAAAAACAGACUCCAAGGAGAAAGGAUACAUCUAUAUAGACAAUAAAAUGUCAUCAGAGGCCAUUGAAAACUCAGCGUGGGCUUGUCGGUUAGCAAAUGAAAAUGGAUAUCUUUCUUGGUGUCGAAAUUCCUACCUGAUGACUGGUGUCGGAGUGGGAAUGUUGUACAAAGGACAGACAGCUGUGGCUGAAUUGGCUGGUUACUCAUCCAUGUUGCUGGCAGGAGUCAAUGUAUCAUGGGGAACCUAUAUAUUUAUUUACAACCUGAUUUUUCUGAAGGACCGUGUAGGAAUGACAGGAGGUUUCGUUGCUCUUCAGUCACUUGCUGCCAUCUUACAUGCCAUAGUAUAUGUCAUGGUACUUAUUGUUUUCGCAGCUGAAAGUGACAAAUAUUUCCAAAAACACUCAAAGGAAAAUCAAAUCAAAAAUGACUAAGGUUAGGUGAUGUGUAAUACUUUAUGUAUCUUGUCAUCUGAUGUUUUAGAGUAUAUUACAUGUAUAAUAUUAUAUGUCCUUGAAUGUGAGUACUACGCUAUUUAAUAAAUUUUUAAAGUAUGUAUGAUGAAUGUUGUAGCUGAAAGCAUAUCAAAUAUUUUGCUAUGAAUUGCAAUGUGGACAGCUUAUUUAAAAAUAUGUAAGUUAUCUCUUUUAUUGAAUAACUUUCUAAACUAAGAAAAAAAUGUAGAUCUGUAUGGGUUUUUUUUUUUGUUUUCUUUUUAUUGGAAGGUGCAAUAAAGUUCUGUAUGCGAUGAA